UUGCGUUUUGUAAAUGUGGUUUUCUAUCUUUGGGUCCGCCAUCUUGCGCUGCAUCUGGUCACCUCUCCAAAAUCAUUCAACAUCAUUUUUCGCGGUAUUAAAUUAUCCGGAUAUGACGUCCUACUCAGCGCUCUCCUCUCCUGCCUGCUGCUCGAUGAAUCGGUAGUCGAUUACUUCUGCCACUUUCUCGUUGUGUUGUCGUUGCUGUUAGCAUCCGCCGCUGUGUCUCUUUUUACGUUUCUGCGUCGUUUUGUCGCCGUUUGACCGGUGGAAACACCAAACCUUCCUCCCUGCUGGAUAAAUAAACCCCGGGCCCGGCAGGAAGCAUGUCCACCGCCCUGGAGAGCUACAUUAACCGUAUCCUGCUGCUGCUGCCGGCUAACAGGCUAACUGUCUGAAUGAAUGAGAGCGUGUUACUUAGCUUAGCGUCCGAGUUGGAAGUGUUUCUGUGAUUGUACAGUGAUGUAGCUUCACUCUAAGGCAGUGCCAGUUUAAAGUUAAACUUUAUAGUGCAUACAGAAUUUUUUUUAAAUAAAUUUCUCCAGAUUGAAUUUGUGUUUUGUCCGGAAAUGUUUGUUUUCUUUAACUCUGAUAUCCAGGUACUGUGGCCAUUAUCACCUCAGACGGAAGGAUGAUCGUGGUGAGUUCAACACGAAAAUAAAAUAAAAAGCUGUGUCCUUGAGUUUGGGAUAAUUCAUCUAUAAAACUAACCUAACAAAACAUUACAGCAGCGUAGAGACUGGACCACAGCUUCUUCAUGUAGAUGCAACUUUAAAUGGACUUUUGUCCGAAUAAAAUGUUUGUUUGGGGCGUUUUAAACUCAGAUUUGAUGUCAGAUACAGGUUUAUUUGCUCUUGUCAUCUGUAACUACACAAGACAGAUUUUUAUGUCUUUACUUUAAGACUUUAGCUUAACUACAUUAUUUUUUGUAGUGAUGGGCACGGCAGUUCUUUUAGAUGUACUGAAUCACUAGAAUCAGUUCACUGAAAUGAUUCGUUCAUAAGAUUUGUAUCACGAAUCACCGAAUCAUUCAGCGCUUGGCGGGAGAAGCCUGCGACUCCGACCCCCUGAACUGAUACACAGCUGAAGGGUUCAGGAUUCAGUUCAAUUCAUAGCUGGACGAGAGUGUUUGGCUUUAAACAGGUUAGUAAAAAUGAACUUGUUUACAAGUCAUGAUGUUUUAAGUGUACUGUCCUAUGGUAUGCUAUUUAUCAGUUGUGCUCCGUAAAUUGGGCUCAGUGAGUGAUUCAUUCACUUAAAGUUUAUAAGAAUUCAUACUGAACAUGCACCGUUCCCUCACAAAAUGCUCCAAUGAUAGGAUGCUGUGGGUUUUAUGCAUUACCUUGUUACAGCUGUGUCCUAUUGUAUGAAAGUUGUUGUGGUGGUAAUUUAGCAGUAAAGAAAAGGCAGUUUUGUCUGACAAAAAUUAUUCCAGAGAGUGUAGUUCAAUGCGUGAUUCGUUUACCAAGUGAUUCAGGAGUCGGUGCAUGUGGUCCCUCGUUCACUGGCUGCUCACCUGGCAAUGCUGCGCUCUAUAGCAGCUGUGCUUCUGACAGCUCGACUGGAGUGAGAAACGAACAGUUCAGUGUGUUCACUUAAAAGGUUUGGUUCUUUUGAACGAAUCGUUCACGAAUGACACAACACCAGUUUUUAGGUGCCAGUAGCUCUUACGACUUUUCUAUUUGAAAUAAACCAAUUUUAUUGUUAUUAAUAAUCACUUUUGAGUAAUCAGAUGUUAAAAGUCAUAGUUUUAGGCUUUCGUACUGUUAAUUUGAGAUAAAAUAGUCUAUAUUCACUUGUCAUUCAUCCCAUUCUUUAUAACAUGUAAAAUGUGUGUAUUUUUUUUCUUUUUAAGCAGUUUUAUGUUCAUGUCAACAAUUCAAAACAGCAAAUAUGCAAUGACAUGUUCUGUAUGAAGAGCUUGACCUCUUAACCGUGACCACAAUUAUCCAGAUGUAAUUUUCAUAUAUAUUUUUCAUAUAUAUAACUUUGCCUCUGCUCGUCCUUUUUCUGUUUCCUGUGAACCCUCACCAGGGGCAUCAACUUCAUUUUGGAAACAGAACAACAACUGAGAUAGUUGAGAGAAACCCACUACAUACCUGUAAAUGCGUGUGUUAAUAAACUUGUGUGGGCAUGUUUGUGUGUGUUAGGGCACCCUGAAGGGCUUCGAUCAGACCAUCAACCUGAUCCUGGACGAGAGUCAUGAGCGGGUCUUCAGUUCCAGUCAGGGGGUGGAACAGGUUGUGCUAGGACUCUACAUUGUCAGAGGAGACAAUGUGUAAGUGACCUUUGACCAUUCUUUCCUAUUAAUCGAACGCAUUAAGCAACGGUAGAAUAAUAUGACUGUUUUAGAUUAGAAAAUAUGAAAUGUCAUAAUCAAAAUCAAUGAUCUGUGUUUGUUUCAGGGCUGUGAUCGGGGAGAUCGACGAGGAAACAGACUCCACUCUGGAUUUAGGAAACAUCAGAGCUGAACCACUUAACUCUGUUGUCCACUGACCCCUGACCCCUCAUGUUUCUAUGGCAACAGUAGACACCAGUUGUUGUGUGUAUACAGUAGCCUGGUUUCAGCUGCAGGUUCAUAAAGUUUUCAUGUGUGACAGUCUUUCAUGUUAAUUAAACAUGAAAAACUUUGAGAAAGCUCUGUGAACCUCCAUCUUAAAACAGACUUUUUUUUUUGUUUGUAUUUUUAUAAAUAAAUAGACCUGAAAUAAGGCGAUGUUUGGGUAACUUUUUUAUGCUGCAUGUUGUUUUUGUCCAAUUGUUUAAUAAAGUUUCAGUUGUCGGAUUUCACCAAAGUUGUUGGUGUGACUUUUAAUUUAGCCCUGAAUUUACAAAUGAACAUGCUGCUCAAAAUCUUACUGAAACAAAAGCAGAAAUAUAAAAACACUCAACCUACAGAGUAAAUUGAAAUGAUCAUAAAUGUUUUAGCCAAGUCAAAGUGAAGUUACUUAAUUAGCCUGAGUAUGUUUCCUGUUAAUAUUACCAAAAAAGACCCCAAAUGGCCCUCUUUCUUGGUUUCAAAUCACUAUUUUUUGUCAGUCUGCAUUUCAAAAAUGUGGCCACCAGAGGGCAGAGUCUAGCUGAAAAUAGAUCAACAGAGAACCUCUAUGUGCCAAAAGGGUGCAUCAAUCCCAUGAACACCUGAAGCUGUCCCAGGACUAACAUCACCAGUUUAAUGUCAUUUGUCAUUUGUUGUUUUCUUGACUGUAGAAAACUUUAUUUUCACUUUAGAUGAAGAGGAAUAAAAAACUGAGGAUGAAGUCUUAAAUUUAUGAGAAAGAGUCAUAAAAGGUGUCCAUCCUCAGCUGAUAAGUGUAACUAUAUGGUAAAACUUCAUCUAAUGAUCCUUUUCCCUCAUUUUAACACAAAUAUCUGUCUGCUCUACUGGUAUUCCCCUACAUGUAAUUUUCGUUUGAGAGUACUCAGAACUUGAAUUGACUACUUUACUCAUAAAUUUAAAACUUAAUUUUAGAAAUGUACUUAUUUAUUCUCAUAAGUUUGGGCCAGAUUUUGGUAACCUUCACAUUCAUUCUCACAAAUGUACAAUUAUGUUUUUCUGGUACACCCUCAUUCCUGUAAAAUAACGACCCUAAUCUCGUAACAUUUUGACUUAUUUAUGAUUUGACCCUUGCAAAGUUUACUCUAUUUUCUUUGUCCAAAAAAUGUACCUAUUUAUCCUUAAAAACUUGCAGCUUAUUCUCUUAUGACUUUAUUUUUGUAGUAUGAUUUCUUUUAAGUGUUGUUAUUGUUGGUAACAAUUUUUUUGUGAAGUUGUGACUAAUUUUUUGUAAAUUGAGUGAUUUAAAUUGAUAAAUUUACAUUUUAAGUCUUGUAUAAUUGGAACAUUUUCUUAAAUUAGUUUUUUCUUUUUAAAUUACUACUUUUUCUCUUACACCAAAACUUGUAGAUGAAUAACUUUUUUAUACAUCAUUUUCUUGUAAAAUGAUCUAUGUUUCUCAUCACUUGAAAGCCUUCAUUUUUGUGCAAAUCUGACAGUUUUUUUUUUUUUCAAACCAAAGGCUGCAAUCUAGUUUUGUGUUAAGUUUAGUAAAUUUACAAUUUUCUUCUAUUUUUGGUCUAUGCUUGUAAAAUUAGGAUUCUUAUACACACCUUCUGAGAUAUCUAUAAAAUGCCUCCAUAAAAAGUUGAACUGC